AUGAAUGAAAGAGAAUUUCGUAUGUCUCUUGGGGCAUUCUCUUCUAAUCCUACUUCUGCACCAUAGAAUGCAUAUGCUACAGCACUCAAAGCAUUAUAAGAGAAAUUAAAGGGAGUUGAAGGAUUAAAGAAAUCUAUAGAAAAUCCUUCUGAUAAUUAAAUAGAUUAACUGAAGAAGCAAAUAAAUGAUCUUUAAAACGAAAAUGAAAGAUUAUAAUAUUUAUUAAUGAAAACAAAUCAAGAAAGUUAGAUGAAUUUUAUUUCAUCACAAUAAUGUGAAGUUCCAUAAAUUGAAAGAUUACAACAUUUCAAAGAUUAUUAAGAUAGAUUAAGUGAUAUGAUAAGAAAAUAUGAAGAAUUAAAACAUGAAAAAUAAGAAAUUCAAAUAGCAAAUGAAAAUUUAUAAAGAUAAUUAUCAGUUUAUAAAUCAAAUGAAAAAGGGUAAAUACAUAAAAAUAAACAUAAAAAAAUUGAAAAUAAUACUAAUAUUUAAGAUUUUAAAACAAAAUUAGAUAUAAAAGAUUAAUAACUUAAAAUAUAAGAAAAGAAAUUAGAAUUCUUAGAAAUAGAAAAAGAAUAGAUUCUUUAAGAAUAUACUAAUUAUAAAACCAAAUAUCCUCCAAUGAAAUAGCAUGAUUUUGAAAAAUAAAUUCAUUAACUGAAAAUAUUAUUGGAAGAAAAAGAUAAAUAAUACACUAAAAAUAUUGAUGAUAUAGAAAGAAAUAAAAAUGUAAGAGAGGAACAAAUGAGUAGAAGAAUCUAAGAUUUAAUUGGAAAAUGUAAUGAAUAUCAAUAAAUUAUUGAACAAUUAACAUAAGAUUAUAAAGAUUUAAGUCUUAAAUAUUAAUAAGUGAAAAUUAAAUUAGAUUAUUAAGAAAGAUAACAUAGGUAUAUUAAUAGAAAGUACAGUUAAGGUGAACUUAAAUAAGAUUAUAAAGAACACAAAAAUGUAAAUAGAAUAGAUAUAUCUCCUCCAUUAACUAGUUCAAGACUAGAAUAAAGUUAAUUGAAAUAAGCUAUAAGGGAAUGUUUAGAAGAUAUGAUGAGUACUCAAAAUUAUAAUUGUUGUAGUCCUGAUAGAAGAUCUGAAAAUAGGAAAUAAUAAUAAAUAUUAUCUCCAAUGUCAACUUCCAGGUAAUAUGAAAUUGAAAUUUAACUCAAAGAACUUAAUGAAAAAUAUGAGAAUUUAAUGAAUUAAGCUUAAAAAGAAAAUGAUUUAAAUAAUAAAGCUGUUAUCAGGAAGUAAUUAAUUGAAAUUGCAGGAUAAAUUAAAGAAACUACUAAAUUUGAAAAAACAUGA